AUGCGGUCUCCUCAAUCCUCGCUGCCGAGCAGCAGCAACGCGAGCAACAGAGUGCCUUUUACGAGACGACGAAGAAAAACGAGCAAAAUCUGUCGCGCGAUGUCAUCGAACACGAAUUCGAAGUCGUUGUAUCUAAAAACCGUCGACGGAAACGAAAAUCUCCCGAUUUCGGAUAUCGGACUCGGGACCAUUUCGUGGGGCGACGAGAGCUACGGAUUCAACAAGCAAUACCGCGAGAAAGAUUUGAAAGAAACGUACAGAAAAGCAAGAGAAUGCGGGGUGAAUUUCUUCGACACCGCGGAGGUGUACGGGUAUAAGAAUACAAAAUUUGAACAGAGCAGCGAACAUAUCUUGUCGAGGUGUCGAGAGGAGGAAGCGGAGGACGAAUCGGAAGUCGUGAUUGGAAGUAAAGUGUUCACGAUUCCAUGGACGAACGCGUUGUUAGGUGGCGGGUUUCGACUCGGGAAGGAAAGCUUAGUUCUAGCCGGGAAGGAGAGCGUGAAACGAAUGAACAAUCGACCGAUGGACCUGUGGUCGAUCCAUUUUCCGUUUCCGUCGUUCUCGCAAGAAGUUUUGAUGAGCGCGCUCGAGGAGAGUUUAGAUUUGGGACUGACCAAAGCGGUCGGCGUGAGCAACUAUAACAAAGAGCAGCUGGAAAAAGCGUACGAUAUUUUAGAUAAGAGGGGGAUCCCGUUGGCGUCAAAUCAAGUGGAGUAUUCAAUUUUAAAUCGGAAAGCGGAAAAGGAAGGAUUGUUGCGGAGUUGUCAAGAUCGAGACGUGAAGGUGGUUGCGUAUUCGCCUUUGAAGGCGUUGAAGACGACGGAAAUCGCGGAGAAGUAUGUCAUAAUGAAUAAACUUUGCGAUUUCAUCGGUCAAGUGAACAGCGGAGGGAAAUCGAGCGUAUCGGUGAUGUUGAAUUAUUGCGUGACCAAAGGCACCAUUCCAAUCCCCGGCGUGAAGAAAGUCGAACAGAUUGCGGAUAUCGAAAACGCCAUGGGUUGGACGCUGGACGAGGAAAGUUUAUUGACCAUUGACGAGAAGAUGGAUUACCUCGACGGUUUGUAG